AUGUGGUCUAUGAGCCAUGGUGAUCUUUUGUGAUCUUUCCACUUGUGACUUAUUUUCCGCUCCCUUGCUGUGAAAUGUCUUCCUGAGACCUGAGACUGAGUCAUUCAUCUUAAUGGGAAAACUGAUAAUACUGGAUAAGGGACUCUUCCCUCCAACUACCUACUGAAAUGGAUGUCCACAUGGUGAUUGAUGAGAGACCAUUCAUGCGUCUGCAUUUGAGAAGGCGGGAUUGUGCGCUCGGAUCCACCAAUCCACGUCCACUUCCCUUCGUCCCCCCUACCCCGAGCUCUGCCUCUUCCAGGAGAGCCCCAAGCCUGUAAUUAGGGGGGCCGGGCUCCAGGAGACUCAAAACACUUCCACGCAUUGCUGCCUAACUUCUUCCAAACUGUCCCGGGACUCUGAGCUGCGCCUCUCCCGCUGGGCCUUGAGCUUCCUCUAGGAUUUUGUUUCUCAGGGAUGGCCGCAUCUAUUCUGGAGGUAGGGAAUCUCAUUGAAGAAGCGCGCUAUGGCUCCAGUCCUCUGGCUAUGUUAACCGCUACCUGUAACAAGUUUGGCAGCACCAGCCCAGUGAGGGACUCUGCGACACCCGGUAAGAACGGCAGCACCGCUCCACUAAAGAAGCCCUACAACAUGACCUCCGAUCUUCAGACGGCCAAGAACGCGCGCACGGCCGACGGCAGCGGCCUGGCGGACUCCUACAGCGGAUCCUUCACCACGGCCGGAGGCGGCGGUCUGCUCACCCCGACCGGAAGCCCCCCUGCUACGACCGGAGGCUACGCGACAGAGUACAACCCUUUCUCCCACUCGUUCCAAACGUCCGUCUCCCAGGACCCGUCCCUGUUAGUGUCCAAAACCCACGCUACGGCAGACUGCCUCACCAGCGUCUACACCUCGUUGGACAUGACGCACCCUUACGGCUCUUGGUACAAAGCCGGUAUCCAUCCUGGUAUUACGGCCGCCCCGGCUAACGCCACGUCCUCUUGGUGGGACGUGCAUCCCAACUCCAACUGGCUGUCGGCGACCCAACCUCAGUCGGACGGAGGUCUCCAGGCCUCUCUGCAGCCUGUGGCACCGCAGGCUUCCCUUAGCCCCCAGCUGCCUAGUUACAGCACCGAUUUUACCACCUUGAAUCCGGCCCCCUACCCUUCCGUGGGACUCGGCUCGUCCUCACACCUCCUCCAGCCGUCCCAGCACAUGCUGCCCCAGGACAUGUACAAGCCCAAGCCUGUGCAAAGCUCAGGGCUAAUGGAGAGUCCAAUGGGCCUAAAGCCAGCGAGGGGAUCAGGAGGCUACGGCACAGGUUCGACCCCCACGAGGUCCUCGUGCGACUGCCCCAACUGCCAGGAGCUCGAGCGACUGGGGGCCUCGGCCGCCUCCCUAAGGAAGAAGCCGGUGCACAGCUGCCACAUCCCAGGCUGCGGGAAGGUGUACGGCAAGGCAUCGCACCUCAAGGCCCACCUGCGCUGGCACACCGGCGAGAGGCCCUUCGUGUGCAACUGGCUGUUCUGCGGCAAGCGCUUCACCCGCUCGGACGAACUGGAGCGCCACGUGCGCACCCACACACGGGAGAAGAAGUUCACCUGCCUGCUGUGCAACAAGCGCUUCACACGCAGCGACCACCUCUCCAAGCACCAGAAGACCCACGCCGAGUCAGCGCUGCAGGGGAAAACCGUGGCCGCCGAGGGGGACGUGGACCGCCGGAGCGACGAGACCGCGGAGAUCAACGCCGGCAAUGGCGAGCCACUCGCCAAUGGAGACGAGAAGACGGGGGUGCCCACUGGAGUGGAGAACAGCAGUGGACUGCUGGAAAUCUGAAUCCUAGACUUCAUCCAGAUUUUUUUUUUUUUUUUAACAAUCAUGCCAAAGACAUCAAUGCAAUAAAUGACGGUGCAGUCACAGGCCGUGCAUCUGGUACCUGGGCCUUCAAUGGGGACUUACCCGACUUAAUCUGCCUCUUAAUACCACCACUAUCAUAGCGUAAUUAUGGAAUCCAUCACUACUGUAGAAAAAUGCAAUAAAACAGCUCAAAACUGCGCCACGUACACCAUCUGGAGCAGAUCAGAAUCAAUAUUUAUCGAAUAACAUGAAAAAAAACGAAUUUAAUUAAAGACAUCCUACUCACCAGAGAUGCUGAUUAUGAAAUAUAUUAAUGUGUGCAGAUCGCCACAUGUUGAUGUUUUGCUCAUCAAAGUUGGCUUUUGCUCUGACCGGCCAAUCAGCAGAUGGAAAAAUGCUGACAACUAGGCCCCGCAUUCUGGCCUUGUGAGGAUGAAUUUGAAAUCUGACUGUUCAAGAAACAGACUCAGUUACAUCAGUUGCCACUACUGAUUCUGUAUGCCCUGGGCAGAUUAGAUUGACAUGGCAACAACACCUCAAGGCUAAACCCAGAUUGGACAAAAAAAAACAAAUCAAAACAAAAUCUAACAUCCACAUUCACAAAGCAGUGCAGCAAAGAGGAACGCUACAAAAUGAAAAGAAUCGAUUGCUGGGAAUAAAUUAAUACAAUUUCAUGGAACAAAUAAGAGAAUUUCAGUUGCAAAUGUAGGUCAGUGCUUCUGAUAGCGUUCCGGCGUUUCCUCUUGCCUGGAGUGUAAUCAAGCAUCUCCGUGUAAAUACAAGCAAGCCUUACAAGCAAACAAUUUGAGGAACACAAUGACAAACAACAAGAACAGCAAUGAAUGCUCGCACGUACAUCCACGUUUCUGAAGCCAGCAUGCAUUCUUGUUGCCUUUCAAAUGAGCGCAACCACUGGGGAAAUUGAAUCUGCACAGGCAGAGGGAAAAGCAGCGCCGAAGCCACAAGACGAGAGUCAUUUCAGAGCGAUAUGUUUUGGUUAAGAUGGCGGGCCUUUGACAGAGCCUUCCGCACAGAUCUGAUUCGCAGCUGUACUUUGAUACUUCAGUCAUCGCUCUUCUUGAAACAAUCAACGCGCAGCGGGAUUUGACGCUUGUCAUUGCCAAAGAUCGUGUUGUCGUGUCAAAAGGCUUUUGUCGUGCUUCCUAGCUUGUGUAAUUUAAGUUCUUAUUUACAUCUUUAAUCUAAUUUAUGUCUUAAAUUAUAAACAUUGCCGGUUGUCUUGCACCUUGCGGGGAAAUGUAAUGCCAGCGAGGAUUGCAAGAUGAAUUGAAGCCGGCCAAAUAUAAAAUAAAAUGCCUUAAUUUAAGACUAUUUAUUAGCUAUAACAAGGAAGUUGAAGAUUUAUUUAAAGAUCUUGACAUCGACUAUUUCUAUGUAUGUAUUCUAUGUAUUGUGAAGUCUUCCACACAAAUGAUGAAUUAAGGGCUACAUACUAUAUAUUUACAACAAUAUAUAGAUGUUUUUGGUUGUGUUUAUUAUAUUUUCCAUUUUGUUUUUCAUUGAAACUGUAACCUUCCUAAUGAGAAGCCUUGCGCUUCGGUCAAAAGAAAAUAUAAAGUGAGCGCUGUUGGAAAUGUCAGUGUUUGCUUUUUUUGGAUGUGAAAUAAGAAAAUAUUGUACAUAGUGAAGGGCAUGUAUGGUGAACAUGUAAGAGUCCUGGUGUGUGACAAUUAUGGUGCUUUUAAAGAAAAAAAAAAAGUAAAGAUAUUUUGAAGCAUU